AUGUGGCCUCCCCUCGGCAACUCUCUCUUUCCUCCGCCCUCCGAGGACUGGCUGCAGAGGGCCUCCUCGGACCCCGCGGCCCAGGGCUGGGGCGCCUGGAGCAGAACUGAGGUGACCCCCGUGGGUGCGCAUGGUGGGGAGCAGACUGACACCCUGCUGUCUGUCUGGGAGGGCAAGAACCCUGCCGAGUGCCCAGCGGCCACCCCGGUAGUCUGCAGGGGGGAGGCAGAGGGCAGCAGCCUGCCUGCAAGAGGGUGGUCCUGUCCACGGAGCCCCACGGCGGUGGCAGCCGACCACAGAUCUGUCUACGUGGGCAACGUGGACUACGGGGGCUCAGCUUUGGAGCUGGGGGCGCACUUCACCCACUGCGGGGACAUCCACCGCGUCACCAUCCUGUGCGACAAGUUCUCUGGACACCCCAAGGGUUACGCCUACAUAGAGUUUGCCAGCGAGAGCUCCGUGCGCGCCGCCCAGGGGCUGGACUGCAGCAUCUUCAGAGGCCGCGUCCUCAAGGUGCUGCCCAAAAGGACAAACAUCCCAGGGAUCAGCUCCACUGACCGAGGGGGCCUGCAGAGAUGCCGGGGGGCAAGGGACGGGGCCUCCUUCCGCUUCAGACCACAGCGGUGGAGCCGGUGA